UAACCCUUGAAAAUGACAUCCACUGUUUUGAGCAACAAUAAGCCUCCGAAUUUAAUUUAAAUAAAAAGUGCUCCCAAAAAUGUCAAAGUAUCCACUUCGACCAUUUAUACAACCUGUAAUACUGCGCCGCUUGUGUGAUAAGCCUAGGUUGAGCAACAAGCCGUCGAACACCCCUCACCCACCAAAGGAUCCUCCGGAUGAGGGCUACCAGCCGACCAGCGUCGACCACGAUGGAAUCGAUGUGGCCCCGUUUGUGAGACCCUCUUCCUUCCGCCAGUUCAGUGGACCCGACGAGAAGCUGGGACCAGGAGCAGGCAAAGCCCUGCCCUACAAGAACUCCACCUACUUUGGCUAUCAUCGGUUCUCGUUUAUGGAACUCAUGGUCACGACUUUGGAGCUCCGCGACGAACGUCGAUUGGACGGAGGACUCCAGGCAGCCAUUGAAGCCGACGAAGAAUCCGAUGGUGGCGAAGCCGAACUGGAGACCAUGAAGAAACUGGAAGGCGAGUGCGAUGCGAUACUUGCCAACCAAGCCAAGAAAGCGGAGGAGGCCAAGAAAGCCGAGGAAGCCAAAGCUUCGGCCAAGGAGAAGUGUCUUCAGGACAUGAGCGAGGAGGAGCUGAAGGAGUGGUGCAAGAAAAAGGAGGAGGACAUCAAAAAGAAGGAGCAGGAAAAGAAGGAGGCCAAGCAAAUCCAGAACAUGAGCGAUGCGGAGCUAAAGGAGUGGUGCAAGAAAAAGGAAGAGGACAUCAAAAAGAAGGAACAGGAAAAGAAGGAUGCCAAAUGCACGCCCAAGGAGAAGAAUAUCCAGGACAUGAGCGAAGAGGAGCUAAAAGCUUGGUGUCAGAAGAAGGAAGAGGACAUCAAAAAGAAGGAACAACAAAAAAAGGACGAAGAAACAAAGGACUGUAAGGAGAAAGAAAAUACUGCAGCUGCUGAAAAGCCCAAGUGCGAAACCGAUGAAAACAAAAAGGAUUAAGAAUAGAACAUGAUCUUUGGAAAAUUUGCAAUAUUAAUAAAGAAUUUAAAAAACAAUUGAAGCUUAAUAAAAUCUUUAUUUGAAACACA